CAACCGACCAUCCUCAGGCCACCACAGGGGCUAGACUUGUUUACCAUGUGAGAGGUCCAGAUUGAUGCAGUAUUUAUUCAGUGAAAAAGUUACUUAAGUUCACAGUGCAGUGCAGGAUGAACCGACCUGGUCGUGGCCCGGGGCGUAAGGGAGGAAGAGAGAAAGGUGACAAUGGGAAAGGCAAUCGAGGACGGAAACAACGAGUGGGUCGACGGGAAAGAUUUGAAUCAGGUGCUGAUUCAUCAUCUGUGGCUUCCAGGCAGGAAUUGGAGGAUGAAGCUCUAUUUAGACUUACAUUAAAAGAUGACAAUGAUGAAGAAAGUGGUGAAAAUGAACAAGUUGCCGAAGGUAGGAGAAACAUCACUGAUAUUGACAAGAAACCGCAGGUGGAAGGUAGAGCAGAGGAGGAGGAUAAUGAAACUGACGACAGUGAAUAUGAGGCAGAAUAUGACGUGAGUGAUGUGAAUUUCCCUGUGGCUAUGUGGGACCUUCGUCACUGUGACCCAAAGAAGUGCUCAGGUAGAAAGCUUGUCCGGCACAGAAUGGUCAAGCUCCUCAGACUUGGUCAGAGGUUUGGUGGCUUGGUUCUCACACCUGUUGGGAAUAAGUGUGUUUCACCAGAGGAUAUAAGUAUUCUUCUGCAACAUGGUAUUGCUGUGGUUGACUGCUCAUGGGCCAGGUUGUCGGAGACUCCAUUUAACCGGAUGAAAGCAACUUACCCAAGGCUUUUGCCUUACCUUUUGGCCUGUAAUCCUGUCAACUAUGGUCGGCCAUGCAAGUUGUCCUGUGUAGAGGCUUUUGCAGCCACUAUGUAUAUAUGUGGUCAAAAAGAAGCUGCUUCACUAUAUUUGAGCAAGUUUAAAUGGGGUAAAACUUUUAUAAAAAUUAAUGUAGAACUUUUGGACAAAUAUGCUGCUUGCAGCAAUAGUGCAGAAGUUGUUCAAGCACAAAAUACUUACCUUCAGGAGCUUGAAGAAGAAUCUCAGAAGUCAAAAGAUGAGAUUGAUCUACCACCAUCAGAAUCAGAGGAAGAGGAGGAGAGUGAUUAAGGUCAAAGGUAGAGAAGAAUGAGGUUUGUGAAUGUCGACAGAGUUUCACCACAAGUCAAGGCAUGAGAAACAUGUCUGUGAGCAAAUACAGUAGUAAUACUGUAUCUGUACAGUGUGUAAUGGUAUACUGUGAUGCUUAUGAAAAACAACAAAUAAAUUCUUAAUCAGGCUGUAAAGACACUAAGAUAUUAAUUUUUUUCAGUGUACAGUACUGUAUAGUCAAACUUCUAAAAUCCGAUCCUCCAGAAUCCUUUAGUAUCCCAAAUUUGAAUGGAAAACUCCUGUCAUGUGUUACUCACUUGCUAUAAUCUCACCAAGUGUUCCUCACUUGUUUUUCUGGGUCAGCUUGGGUGACUUGCCUAUUCAAAUAGACACCGUUGCCUAAUAUGCAUGUAUUCGUAUUCAAAUUCAUACUGUAUUUAUUUUGGUAUUAUAAGAAAUUUAAUUCUUUUAAUGGCAUCUCUUAAGCAGCCAAGUGAUAGUGCUGAGUGUAGUGCUGCAAGAAAUGAAGCAUGUUAUGUUUACAGUAGUAUUGUAGAAUGGAAAUAUUGACAGGGUGUCUGUUCUCUUCAUUCGAGAGGAAUAUUGUGUUGGAAAUACAACAGUGUGUUUAUGACAUUAAAUUAUCUUUUGUAUUGAGAGUGCAACCAAUAAGGGAAUUGUAUAGUGAAAAAUCACUUCAUCCUCAACAAUAAAUUAUUGGAAAACUG